UUGCGUAGUCAAUCUGUAGUUCAUUCGUGAAAAUUUCUGUGCUUUGCGCUUUUCUGUAAUCAUGACGGCGGAGGAGAAAGAUUUAGAAAAAUUCUUGAAACAAGUCGAUGAAAUAAGUGAUUUGGUAAAACAUUUAAACUCUGCUGACCUUGAAAAGCAAAAGGCAGCAUCAGAAAAGGCAGAUGCUCUAAUAAAAGCCUUAAAAAACGAAGAUGACGGAGAGGAGCUGACCAGAAUAAAGCAGAACAGGACUUUGAUUAACACGAAACCGUCAGAGCACGGUGGAUAUGUACCACAGAGCUUUCAGUGCAGCACUGAGACUAGUCAAGGUGAUUUUCUGAAGAUGUUAGAGAAAGAUGCACAAGAAAGAUCACAACGAAGAAGAGAAAAUGAAAAAUUGGCUAAAGCUUUAAAGGAAAUGGGAAAUGAAGCAUUCCACAAGGGAGAUUAUGAAACAGCUGUCCAACUCUACAGUGAGGGUCUGGAGAAACUUAAAGACAUGCAGGUCCUUUAUACAAAUCGAGCACAGGCUUAUAUAAAAUUGGGCAAGUAUAAAGAAGCAAUUGAUGAUUGUGAAUGGGCCCUAAGGUGCAAUGAUAAGUGUAUAAAGGCACUUGUACAUAUGGGAAGAGCUAAUCUUGGUUUGAAAAAUUUUGAAGAGGCUCGCAGUUGCUAUGCAAAAGUGGCACAAAUUGACUCCAAACAAGAACUUCUUGUUAAAGACUACAUCAAUGAAGUAAAUUUGAAAGAAAAGAAAACUGAGCAAGAAAGAAAAGCGCAUGAAGAAUUUGAAGAAGGAAAAGAAAAUGCCACCUCAGUUUAUGAACUUCUUCAGAAAUUAUCUAAGCCAAAUCAAAUAAACCUGUAUUAUACCGGUGGCAUACAGCUUUUAACUGCAAUGAUUAAACAAAACACUGAACAAGCAUUAUUCAGGAUCAACAAUGGCUUCAGUAUAAUCAACAGCAAUAACUUUGUAAAAAGAUGUAUUUCUGGAGAAAAUAACACAUUUUUUGAUGAAGAGUUAUGUUUGUCUGUUUUGGGACUGUGGUGUGCAGUUUGCAAGGAAAAUGAGGAAAAUCAACAGCUUUUAAUCCAGUCAGAGAAUGGAAGCAAAUACCUAAUUGACCCACUUAGAUCCAGCAUGCCAGAGAUUCAAAAGGAAUGCUUGUCUCUCCUGUGCCUCUACUCACAGACUGAAUAUGGAAGGACUCUGCUUCUGAAAAAUCUGAAUCUGCCAAAUUUACUUGAGAAACUCACUGGUCUGUUGAAUCAGCUGGAUAUGUUUGGAGUGAAUGUUCUAGAAGUAAUGGCUAAUUUUACAUCUGCAAAACGAUUUAAAGUGGAGAUUAGGCCCUACUUUAAGAGAAUGAUCUUGCAUCCUUUUGUAAAUCUAAUGAAAAAUGUUCCAACAAGGAAUCUACAUUUGCUGCCUCAGGCUGUUUCAUUAUUAGGAAGCAUGGCUGAAGACAACUCAGUACGUAAGGAGAUGUCAGACUGUAAAGAACUGUGGAAUGUCUGUCUAUUCAUAAUGGAGGAAUACAACUUCAAAUCAUCAGAAUAUACAGAUGUUCUCUUGGUACUGCUUGGUUUAAUGGUCAAUAUUUCUCUUGAACAAAGUUCAGUAAUUGAGGAAACAGCUGUUGAUAUCACUGAUAGAUGUCUGGUCCUGCUGUGCAGCGCAGAUGGUAGCAUUAUUACUAGAUCAGCAGGUCUUUUAAGUCAUAUUCUCCCUCAGAGCACUGAUGCAGUCAAUAUAGCAAUUAAUGGAGGGAUAGUAAAAAUACUCCUGAAGUUGUUAAAGGUCGGAGGGCAGAAGACACUGAGAUAUGGCCUCAAAGCACUUGCAACCUGUACAAAGAACAGUCAGCGGGCUCAGGAGCAAGUGGUACAAUUAGAUAAAAAAUUUAAAAUAUUCUUGAAGCUCCUUGACAUGGAAGAUGAAAUGAUUGUAAGCCUGGCAGCCUUUUGCUUAGGUCACUGUGUUGAGAUACCAGGUGCUGCCACGUCUCUGCUAUCUUCAGACAUUGUAAAGGUUUUACUGAAACACGCUGGUGGUGAUUCUAAAAAAACUGCAGUCCAGCAAAAUGCUGCCAUAGCAUUAGGGAAACUUUGUACAUCAGAGCCCAGACAUAGGAUCCAACUUCGGAAACUCAAUGGAUUAGAAAUAUUAAAUUCUUGCAUGAAACAUAUUAUAUAAGAAUUCAGUAUCUUUUAAAAAACGUUGAAAGGACACAAACAGAAAAAACAGUUGUGGAGAUCAAGAGAAGUACAAUAUUCCAUGCUGAGCUUGGAGAAGGUGUUUGAUCUUGACAGCUCAGACAUGUUCCUUGAAACCAUCUGUUAGCUGCCUUUCUGUUUCACAUAUAUAGAAUGAAGGAUAUUUUCUCUGACAAAUAUAAUUAGGUUUCAGAGAGAUAGGAGACCUGAGACUUAAAUGUCUUGAAGAACUAGAAAUAGGCAUAUUAUUGGAAACUUAUUUAAAAGGGAUAUUGCAGCUCUUGUUUAUCAUGCAUAAGCAAAUAUGGACUUGUACAUGAAUACUGACUCCCCUAAUCAGUGCUGAUUCAUGCCUUGUUUUAGUUUCUCUGGACCAUAUAUUGGAAUAAAUAAAAAAAUGGAUUGAUAAUUUAAAUCAAAAGUAUUAAAGGACAAAGAACCAUUCAUGUUUAUGUGCACAUGACAAUAAAGCUGUCAUGUCUGAUGAGCUAUCACCAAUUAUCAUUAAAUGUAUAGGUUUUUAUAGCCAUGAGAAACUGGGUCAAAUUCCUAGUAUCUAUAUGAUUUUUUUUAGGAAACUCAGAGUUUUCCCAUACACAACAAACAUGAUAAUUUAAUAGGUAUGUUUUUAUUGUAAGCAGAGAUUGUCCAGUAAUGCAGUGUUCCUCAAGCACUGGGUUUGUUUAGCCAUUUUUGGUCACAAGUCUGUAUCUUUGGGUCACAUCUCUAGUUCACUCUAGAAAAAUAGAAACGACUUCAGCUUUGAUUUCAUUUCUAUUGCACUCGUUUCACCAAAGUGGAAGCACCAAGCCAAAACCCAGCUCUUCGAAAGUCACUGGAAUUCACAUUUUUUAAAUGUAUCUCAACUCCAUUUGCAGGGAAUUUACAGAAGUGAAAGUAAUUAGCAUGUAAGAUUGAUCUUGAUAUGCAUGUUUUAUUGAAUUUUGUUAUUUUUGAAGUGCAAUAUUGUGUCAGAAAUGUCAUGUUCUUUAAAAAUGUGUGGUACACACAAUCACUUUUUUGUUUUUCCUUAUAUUGUGAGUUGAUUUUUGUACUAGACAUGCCGUCCUUUUUUCUUUCUCCUGUAAUAUGCUUAUGAUUUGUGAUGUGCUUUGUAUUGUU